CGACGCCAUUUUCUUUUCGAAUUUCGAACCUUUUUGUCAGAUUUCACAAAAGCCAGACAGACUUUGUUAAAGAGCGUGAUAUACCACCGAUUACCCCAAGUAAAUUAUAUAUAAAUGCGAAGCACUAGUCAGCUAGACGAUUGAACCCAAGGCGGCGUGCAUUUCGCGAGGCGAACGCUGCAGACGACCGCUGAAAAUUACGUGAAUCAGCAUAAAGCAUAUUGGCAUUUUAAUUUGCGUGAAUCCUGCGACACCUCGUGCAAAGAUGGUCAAUUCGUCUGGCAGCGAGGAUGGCCAGCUGCGGAGCCCCAACGAUGGGCAUUAUCACAGGCCAAAAAGUGUGUACUUGUCCCAUGACCGAGGCGCGCGAUGGCCAACAACAAUACCUAAUAAUAAUAUCAUAAUAAAAAACCAACAAAGCUAUUAUAAAAACAAAAAAUACCAAUACCAAACAAAAAAUGAAAUCAAUAUGCAAAAUUCGAGUUUAAAACCGUGCACCUACAGUGGCGACGGGAGAAAGCCUCUCCAUCUCCAUCUCCUGGCCGGUGGGACGAAAUCUUCUCAAGCCAUCGACGCUAAUCUGGCUUGACCCGCUGACUAAUGUUAUGAAUAUGUUUCGAGAAACUGAGAAUUGAGAAUCGGAUUGAGAGAUCAGAUCACUAUAUAUGCUCCGAACCGAACCGAUCUCGCUCAUGGGCUGCUGGCGCGCUGGUGAGGAUGAGGAGCACGAAGCGGACGCCGAUGCGCUGUACAUACAACCACCGCAAGCGAGCAGGGAAUCGGGAUCCGGUUCCAGGAGAGAGAAGAAGAAACAUUCCCGCGAACGCCGGCGUCACAAGGAACGGGAGAAUGUGGGAGGCGGGCUAGAGCGCGAUCAUCGUUACGAUUAUCGGACCAGGGAGGAUCCAUACCACCAGCACCACCACCGAGAACGUGUCCACCAUCUGAGCCACGCCUACCACUACCAACAGCCGCAGCCGGCGCCCCAGCAGCCGCUUCCGGCCAUCGGUUACGCCCAUCAACACCACCAUCAUCAGCAGCAUUUAAGCGGAGCGAGAGCUGCUCCCCGGGGAGACUAUCAUUCCUAUCCGUCUAGCUAUCAUUCAACCAGUCGGCACGCGGACUAUCCCAUGGAGGAGCCGCCUCGCCGAAGCAGUAAAUACGUGGAGAGCAAGGAUGCCGAAAGCCUCGAGCAGGAUCUGCGCUCCAGGCUGCUGAAGAAACGGCACAACUAUGUCAAGGAUUACGAGUCGGAGGAAAACUACGAGCGAGGCGAAAGGGAUAGAGAGCGGGAGCGAGACCGGGAACGGGGUCGCAAGGAGCGGGAUCGAAGUGCUCGAGCCCACAAGCAGAGCCGCCACGAUCGCGUGAUCGAGCUGCUUGACAGCCCCGAGGCAGAGUCGCAGCCUCAGCAGCACAAGUCCCAUCGGAAGUGGCGCGACGAUACAGAAGUCAGCCGCCGGAAGGUGACCGAAGAUCCGGAGCAGUCGGCACGGAGGGAAAAGAUGCUAGCGGCCGAACGGGAGAACCGCCAGCGGAAGCAGAACGCCCGCGAGGAGUUGGAGGCCCGCCGAGAGCUCUUGCGUGAGCGGAACGAACACAGCGAUGCACUAAGUCCAACGGCAGUAGCUGCCAGUGUCACCGCAGGCUUGAAUAUCGUGAAGAGGAAGUCAAAGGACAGCUAUGACCGGGACAUCAAGCACAAGAAGCGACGCGAAGAGGUGGAGGUGAUUCGGGACGAUGACGAGGAAAGUGAGGAGAGCGACUCCAAUGAGGAGGAACGCGAGGAGGACAGCGCGGAAAGCGAGAGCGAGUCGGGCAGCGAUGAAAGCUACGCCAGCAAGAAGAAGAGCAAGAGAAAAUCAAAGUCUCAAGCCGUGGAUGACGACGACGAAGAUCUGCCCCUGCCCGAUAGUCCUCUGAGCGUUGGCGAACUGUACAAGUCCCCUAAGCACCGCCCCCGGUCUCGGUCCGUUAGUUCCAAGAGCAGCUCCCAGUCUAGUCGCAGCAGCCGCUCUCGAUCUCGUUCCAGGAGUCGCAGCAGCCUCGACGAUGAUGAAGAGGAUCAACGGGCAGGAUCUCCCAGCAGCAGCACCCGCAGUGAGGAGCGUGGAAUGGCUCAGCAGGUUGAGGAGAAGCCCGAUGAGAAACUCAAGGAGCGAGCUCAGAAAUCUCUCGAGGAUCAGCCGCCCUGCGACGACAAGGGUGUGCCGCUCCCGAACUACUACCCCGGAGUGCAGGGCUGUCGCUCGGUGGAGGAGUUUCAAUGCUUGAAUCGCAUCGAGGAAGGUACCUACGGAGUCGUUUAUAGAGCUAAGGAUAAGAGGACCAAUGAGAUUGUGGCUCUGAAACGCUUGAAAAUGGAGAAGGAAAAGGAGGGUUUCCCCAUCACAUCCCUCAGAGAAAUAAACACGCUGCUCAAGGGGCAGCAUCCGAAUAUAGUUACUGUGCGCGAGAUCGUAGUCGGUUCCAACAUGGACAAAAUCUUCAUUGUUAUGGACUACGUGGAGCACGACCUCAAGUCGCUCAUGGAGACUAUGAAGAACCGCAAGCAGAGCUUCUUUCCAGGAGAGGUUAAGUGCCUCACACAGCAGCUUUUGCUGGCGGUGGCCCAUCUCCAUGACAACUGGAUUUUGCAUCGCGACCUGAAGACCUCCAAUCUGUUGUUGUCCCACAAGGGCAUCCUCAAAGUGGGCGACUUUGGAUUGGCCCGCGAGUAUGGCUCGCCGAUCAAGAAGUACACAUCGCUGGUGGUCACGCUGUGGUAUCGUGCCCCGGAGCUACUCCUCUGCUCGCCGGUCUACUCAACGCCCAUCGACGUGUGGUCGGUGGGCUGCAUUUUCGCCGAGUUCCUCCAGAUGCUGCCCCUGUUUCCGGGCAAGACCGAAAUCGAUGAACUAAAUCGGAUAUUUAAGGAACUUGGCACUCCCAACGAGAAGGUCUGGCCCGGCUACACUGACCUGCCGGCAGUGAAGAACAUGCUGUCGCAAAACUCACAGUUCACCGAAUAUCCCGUCUCGCAGCUGCGCAAGCACUUCCAGGAGAAGACCUCCGACAUGGGCCUGUCGCUUCUUCAGGGCCUCCUAACGUACGACCCGAAACAAAGACUGACGGCCGACGCAGCCCUGAAGCACACCUACUUCAAGGAGCUGCCCCUGCCCAUCGAUCCGUCUAUGUUCCCCACCUGGCCGGCGAAGAGUGAGCUGGGCGUUCGCAAGGCGCAGGCCUCCUCGCCCAAGCCGCCGUCGGGUGGUUCGCAAUUCAAGCAGCUGGGCCGGGAUGAGCCCAUCGUCACGGGGCCGGGCAACAAGCUAUCCUCUGGCAUCAUUACAGGGAACAAGAAGAGCCACGGUGCUGGGGCCUCGUCGGCCAGCACGGGAUUCGUACUCAACGCUGGUCUCACCCAGCGUCAACUGGCCAUGGGACCGGGAUUCAGCCUGAAGUUCUGAUUCGAGUCCGGGCUGGGACUGUGUGUUUUUAGCCAAUUACGAUUAAGAAUAAGUGUUAUGUAUAGUUAGAGAUGUAAGUAAAAAAUUUCGUUUAAUUGUAUGUGUAUAAAUAUUGUUCCAUAUAUAAUUUUAAAAGCCAUACAAA